AUGUGGGGAACUGGAACCUCACCACAACAAACUCCCAGCAUGGAGAGCUUCGACGAUGUGUCCCUGAUCGGACCAGUCUUCGAAGAGCACUCUUUUCAUAAUGGCCUCCCAGUCGCCUCUGAUGCUCCAGAACAGACCUCCAAGUCAGAGAACGCAUCGGCAUCUUCCCAACUGACAUCGCGACUGGAGCGCUCCGACGAUGUAGGAAUGAUCGACGAUACCUCCGAGAUAUCCGAAUUUGCUCCUUUAUAUGACGCGCCCGGGACUCGAGUGGAGGAAGACGAGGGAGAGGAUGAGGAGCCAAGGGUGGCAACCUCCUUUGAGCGACGUGAAUCGUCACCGACCUCUGCGCUAAAACACCGGUCAGCUGCAGAUUACUCUGACUAUGAGGGCAUCAACCGCAUGCACAAAUUCACGUUGUAUGAAACCGCCACUCGGUUUUACAUGGUGGGGAUAAACCUUGCAGAGACGCGGUUUCGAAUUUUGAAGAUCGAUCGGACCUCGGAAUCGGGGGAGCUCAGUAUCACCGAAGAUGAUAUGGUGUACACAAAGCGAGAGAUGGUGCAGUUGCUGGAUGCGAUUGAUGAUGGCAAUAAGAGUACUGGUGGGUUAAAUCAGAAGUGCAGCGCAUGGGCACUGCUUGGUUUUAUCCGAUUCACCGGGGCCUACUAUAUGCUGCUCGUCACCAAGAGAAGUCAAGUCGCCAUGCUUGGCGGGCAUAAUGUCUACCAAAUCGACGAAACAGAGCUGAUCCCGUUGACAACCUCGGAAUCCUCACAUCUCAAGGCUGAGAAGCAUUCAGAAGAGGCGCGAUACAUUGCGAUCUUGAACAAUCUCGACUUGUCGCGUUCUUUCUACUUUAGCUACUCUUACGACAUCACUCGCACCCUGCAACAUAAUAUUUGCCGUGAGCGCAAGAAUUAUCUGGAUGGGAUUCCUCAGCCUUUCUCACAGGACUAUCAUUCCAUGUUCAUCUGGAAUCACCAUCUUCUUGCGCCCGCUGCUGAAGCUCUCAAGAAUCCUUAUGAAUGGUGCCUUCCCAUUAUUCAUGGUUAUGUGGAUCAGUCUAAGAUGAGCGUCUAUGGCCGAUUAGUCUAUAUCACCCUCAUCGCCCGUCGGUCUCGGUUCUUUGCCGGAGCACGUUUCCUCAAGCGAGGAGCCAACGACGUAGGAAAUGUUGCCAAUGAUGUGGAGACCGAACAGAUCGUCUGUGAGCAGACAACAACGUCGUUCCAUUCAGCCGGCCCAACUCUCCACGCAAACCCGCAUUAUACUUCAUUUGUUCAGCACCGCGGAAGUAUUCCUCUGCAUUGGUCUCAAGAAAACACAGGCGUUUCGCCUAAGCCGGACAUUGAACUCAAUCUUGUAGAUCCAUUCUACUCAGCUGCAGCUUUGCAUUUUGAUGAUCUUUUUGAGAGAUAUGGGGCUCCGGUGUACAUUCUGAACUUGGUAAAAUCUCGAGAGCGAACACCAAGAGAGUCGAAACUUCUCAAAGAGUUCACCAACGCUGUGACAUACUUGAAUCAGUUUCUUCCGGAAGGCAAAAAAAUGAUAUACAAAGCUUGGGAUAUGAGUCGGGCUGCCAAAAGCCGAGAUCAAGAUGUCAUUGCGACAUUGGAAAGCAUUGCAGGCGACAUAAUUCCAAAAAUUAACUUUUUCAAGAAUGGAAAUGACGUUGAGUCCGGUCUCCAGCUUCAAAACGGCGUUGCAAGGACCAACUGCAUUGACUGUCUUGACCGAACGAAUGCUGCACAAUUUGUCAUUGGUAAGAGAGCACUAGGGCAUCAGCUCCAUGCACUGGGUGUCAUCAAUGAAACAACGGUGGAGUACGAUACCGAUGCAGUCAAUCUUUUCACCAACAUGUGGCAUGACCAUGGAGACACUAUUGCCAUCCAAUAUGGUGGAUCUCAUCUGGUGAAUACCAUGGCAACAUACCGCAAAAUCAAUCAGUGGAGCAGCCAUUCUCGUGACAUGGUGGAAAGCUUCAAGCGUUACUACAACAACUCUUUUCUUGAUGCCCAACGUCAAGAGGCAUACAACCUCUUUCUCGGCAACUACAUCUUUUCACAAGGCACCCCAAUGCUGUGGGAUUUGGCAACCGAUUACUACCUGCAUCAUACCAACCCUAAAUCACACCUGGAGAAAAAGAAGCCUAACUACAUUUCCUGGUACACACCAGAAAACCUAGAAGCGAAAGAAAUGCCACCCAUUCCUUCUCAUCCCAAGGAGCCACUCUCACGGUUCGAUGACUACUGGCUAGAAUACUACCGACCCCUCGCACUCACCUCGCUCUCCAAAGUUUUCUCUUGGAAAAUGAAUUCCACCUUACGCUACCUUCCCCCCGUCCGUCCCGGCCACGCAGUCCCCGAUCUCAGCCCUUUCGUUCCCCGGAUCCCUCCAGAGCAAAUCCAGCGCGAACGCAUACCACAGCGCAGCGUCAAAAUCCAAGAACCAACCGAAAGUCGUACCCGUCUCGCAUCAAACACAAUGCCUAUCCCGGAAGAAACAACCUGGGCUCACCAACCCCCGUCAUCCUCAAAGCAACCCCCUCCAACGGGUAUAAUCAAAGAACCGACUUUUGAAGUCCACCAGUCAUCCCGCAUCCCACCAAUCCACCCACCAAAUACUCCCUCAACCCCAAGCAAAGCCCAAAUUGCUCAAUGGACGCUGGGUCAACUAGUCAGCGACUCCCUCAGCCCAUCAGUAACAAGUGCCGAAGCAGAAGAAUACGAGCGCUACAUCAACCAUCCUCUCACAGUUCCGCUCGUCGUCACAUCCGAAGAUGAAAUGACAGCAGCCUCGCUCCGAGACCACGGUUAUAAUCUCGAUCUGCUGGAAUAUGUCAAUAAAUGCAAUGUUGAGGAGUUGACACUCCAGCAGAAUGCUGAGGACAGCCUGGCUGAUUAUGCUGAGUUCCUGAAUGUCUCUGAAGAGGGCCUUACUGUUGUUAGUGAGGACCAUGAGAAGAAGAGAUAUAAACGGUAUCGGCAGUGGUUACGUGGCAAGAGCCUUUUCAAGCAGCGGGUUGAUGCAUGA